GUGAGACAAGGAGCUAGCACAGGCACUGCAAGCAGCAGCACAGUUCUCUUUUUUUCUUGUAGUUGGGAUCUGUUUAGAAAACAAAAGGUAAGGGGAGGUAAAAAAAAAAACAAGGUUGAUAGCUGUUAUCAAAGUAACCAGACGCAGACCUGGCUGCCCACAUGCCGAUCGAAUUUGUUUGCAAAAUUAAAUUUGCAGAGGAGGAUGAGAAGCAGAAGGGAAAACAGGAAGGGGACAAGGAGAGCCUGAUUGAGGAGACCUGUACACCCCCAACCAAGGACCUGGCUGGCUUUGCAAACUCCUGCACCCUUCAUGGGAUUAAUCAUAUACUUGUUUCAGGGAGGCUAGGCAUCAAGCAGACCCUUUGGGCGCUGACCUUUCUGGUGUCUCUAGCAUUGUUUUUGUACCAGGCAGCUAAGUGUGCCAUGUUUUACUUGGAGCACCCCCAUGUAACGGCACUGGAUGAGGAAGCUCGCCGGGAGAUGGUCUUUCCUGCCGUGACCAUCUGUAACAUCAACCGCUUUCGCUUUUCUGCACUCACCGACGCUGACAUUUACCACCUUACCAACUUGACUGGACUACCCCCAAAGAACAGGGAUGGGCACAAAGCCACAGAUUUGGUGUACCCUGACCCCAACAUGGAAGACAUCUUUAACAGGACAGGGCACCAGAUGGAGGACAUGCUGAAGAGCUGUAAUUUUAGCGGGGAGAAUUGCUCUGCCAAAGACUUUUCAGUGGUGUACACGAGAUAUGGGAAAUGUUACACUUUCAAUGCAAACAAAUCAUCGUCAUCAAAGAAAGCAAAACAAGGUGGUAUGGGAAAUGGCCUUGAGAUAAUGCUGGACAUUCAACAAGAAGAAUACCUGCCCAUCUGGAGAGAAACAAAUGAAACAUCAUUAGAAGCAGGGAUCCGAGUUCAGAUUCACAGUCAAGAUGAACCUCCUUACAUCCAUCAACUCGGGUUUGGGGUCUCACCAGGAUUUCAGACAUUUGUUUCAUGUCAGGAACAAAGGCUGACAUACCUGCCUGAGCCCUGGGGAAAGUGCCGUCCCACUGCAGAGCCAACCAUUCCUGGGUUUAACUACAGCAUCAGCGCCUGCCGCCUCAAGUGUGAGAAAGAGGAAGUGUACAGAAAAUGCAGUUGCAGGAUGGUUCAUGUGCCAGGUGAUGAAAAAAUCUGCUCUCCCCAUGAUUACACAGAGUGUGUUGACAAUGCACUAACUGAAAUUAUAAAGAACACUGAAGAGGCCAGUACUUGCACUUGUGAAACUCCAUGUGACUUGACCCGUUACGGGAAAGAGCUUUCAAUGGUAAAAAUUCCCAGCAAAGGAUCUGCUCGCUACUUAUCAAAAAGAUACAACCACUCUGAGGAGUACAUCAGAGACAAUUUUCUGGUUUUGGAUAUUUUCUUUGAAGCCCUUAAUUAUGAAAAAAUUGAACAGAAGAAAGCGUAUGAUAUGGCAGGCUUGCUGGGUGACAUUGGAGGUCAAAUGGGAUUGUUUAUUGGAGCGAGCAUUCUUACAAUUUUGGAAAUACUGGAUUACAUCUUUGAGGUGGCUAGAGAUAAACUUCACCGGCUUGUAAAACCACGGAAAGAUCCCACCAAGAAGCAGUCUGACAGUGUAGUAACAUUGGGGUUGGGUAAUAUGAAAAGCCCAGAUUCCUGUGAAACACAGAGGAACCAACCAGGAGGAGAGUACUCCGGCACUAUACUCCCUAACCACCAUCACCACUCUCACCGUGGGGUUUUUGAGGAUUUUGCCUGCUGAAACAGCAGGAAUUAUGGCCUCAACAAGCACUGUUUUCAUGCUGGAAUUGGGCCUUAUUACAAGCCUUUGGGCUUUAAGACAUCAGCUCUACCUUUUUGCUGUCAUGAGUGAAAGCUACAGCCAAAGUCUAGCACCAAGCUUGUGCUGCAAACAGACCUCUUUUACAAAGGCACAUAUUGGAUUACACCAAGUGAUCCUGCUGAAGACAUCUACCUUUUCUGAAAAAUAACAUAUUAGUUAUUUUACCAUUUCUAUACCGUAAAUAUUGUUAUGGUCAGCAUUGAGUAAGACAGUCUGUACUUUAAAUUACCCUUGAUCUAUGAAUAUUUAUUGCAGACAGUGGUUGUUGUAAUUUAUUGUUUGCUGAUUUAUGGAAUUUUUUUGUACAUUAUUAUAUAGUACCUUAAUUGAUUUUUGUAGAGGUUCAUGUAAAGUAUAUACUGUCCAUGUGCAUUGUUUAGAUGGCGAUGGAAAGUAAAUACAUGCUUUGAGAGUCAUAAUGCUGACGCUCAAAAAGAAAGCUGUUUGUGGACUACACAAAGCUAUGAAGAUAAGAAUUAAAUGUUCUGCAUUCUUAAUUAAUCGAAGCAUUGAAAUACUUUGUUUUUAUUUUAACAUAAUCAAAUAUAAAAAGAAAAGGUAUUGUAUUAUCUUAUAUUUUGUAAUGCUAUUUGCAAGUAGGAAAAGACACAUUUUGAAAAUGUACUUCAGUCACUUGGAAGUCUUACAUAUUACCUGUUGAAAAAAGUUUCAGAUCUGAUUGAUCUGCCCACGAAAAAAAAAAAAAAAUCCAUGCAGAUAAUUAAUGAAAUCUAUGAAUUGCAGUUAGUUUGAAUGGAAGAGGUCAUUUACAAGAAAGGCCGAAAGGUAGCAGCAGGGGGAUUAUUGCUUUUAUUGCACCGUAGCGGGAUAGUGUCAGAAAUAAGGAAAAGCUGCAGUUUAAGCAUGUAUGAGCACGUUUAAUUGACAAACACAAAGCACAGGAACAAACAAACUGUGGCACGAGUUUGGUUUUAAAUAAAGAUUCAAACAAAACGAGCAAACGUAGGCUUGCCAUUUGCCUUCACUACUCAGUUAAACACAUACUUACACACACCUAACUGCCUUCUCCUGCGCAAAGCACUUCUUGUAUACAGGUGGUCAUUCUCCAAUUAGCACUGUUACCUAACUGGAGAAUGGCCACACCUGUGAUUGUUGGCAGUGACAGAAUUAACCCCAUCCCUACCAACGUUACAUUCCCGCACACACUGUUUACACAAGCAGGGCUUUUGCCUUGCCACACAGUCAAUUUUCAAAUUGUUGUUCAGAUCUGUCUGAGUGUGCCUGAGCUAUGUGUGUAUGAGUUAAUGGAUGAAAGGGCAAUGAAUUGAAUUAGUGCAUUCUGUUUGAACCCACCCUCCAUGUGAGCAUUAGAGGUAGCAUCCAGCAUAUACAUACAAAAACAGAAGCCUAUUAUUGUUCAUUUAGUAGUUUCACACUUUCAGUAAAUUAAAUUGGCAGCCUGAACAAGUUAUCUGUGCAUAUCAAUUCAGAUUUACUGCCAGUUACGCUUAUUUACACAAAUCUUUGUCGGAAACAGGUCAGACAAAGUAGAUCAUAAUCAAGGAUAAAAGGAAUAGUCAUUUUUCCAGAUGUGAGUUUUGUUUUUUAUCAAUUUGGCAUGAGUUACAUAUUUUUAUCAUCCUUAUGUGUUUAGUAGAUGGCAGGUUAAAUGAGAAAACAGUAUAUAUCUGAAGAUCAUUAUAAACAAACAUAGCAUGUUUAUCGUCAUAUACACUGCAUUUUAACAUUUAGAAAGCAUAUACAUGAAAGUGAUCUUUUAAAAGGUUCUCUAUCAUAAUGUAAGUCUAUUGGCACAGUAUAUUGGCUAUGCAUAUUUCAGCAAUCUCAUCAGAAUAUAAUCAUAUCUUUCAUAACAUGAAAUACUAAGGUGGACGUAAUGAAAACUAGCUGAAACAUAAUGUGCUUUUUUGUUGGGUAACUGACACCUUCCUUUUGGAAAAACCUUUGUUAUGUCCUCUACGAUUCAGCAAUUAACCAGUUGCUGUAUACCUUUUUUUUGUGUGUUUGUUUUUUUUUUUCAGAGAAGGUAUGCAUUUAUUGUGCACCAUCAUUUGUUAAAUACUUUAUAAGACAAAAAUCACUGCCUGGAUGUGCAAACUGGGUUUACAAUUCCAAACUAGUCAUUAAUACUUUUAGCAAUUUAACCUGUUCUUGGUUAUUGUAAGAUUAUUUGAUAAAAUACAAUUAUUGAACCUUGAUCAUAUUUCUAGGACAGUAGUUCAAUGAUGUAAAAUGUGUAUGUGUUUUCCUUCGGUUCUUGGUUAAAUGUUUGUAUUUAUUUAUGAAUCUGUGAAUCCUAUGGUUGUUCACUAAUUUUUGUGCUGCUUUGUUUAUAGGUUGUGAGCCCUGCAGUUUAAGAUAUUGCACAAAUUGUAUUAUCCACCGACUAUUCAUGUGUUUUUGUCAAUCUUUUUAUGUACUUGUAUAUUUUCAUUUACAUGAUGUAUUAGAAAGUACAAUAACAAGACUAGUUGUAGCUAACAAAAUAAUGUAAUUCUUCUUACUUGUUGUGCACUUAUAUUCAGUGGCUAGGUCUCAAAUGUCCAGUUUUGAAAGAAACACAUACUACAACAUAUUAUUUACAUUUUAAACUAAAAGAUCUUCAAAAGAAAGGAGAGCACUGAUAAUAAUGCUGGUGCAAUGAAGAGGCAAGAAGGUUUGUUUAGCACACAUUCAACCUAGUACAGUACAAGAUAUAUUCCUUUUAAAAUGAAAUACAAGCAUGUGCUUUUUAAAACUGCACACGAGACCCAUAUAGUAGCUAAUGAAAGUGCAUGACAGGUAAGAUUUAUGGAGUUAUUUAAUUCACUAGAAACACUUUGAGCAAGAAACUGUAACAUAUAGCAGAUAUUUGUGGGGGCACACAUGGUAUUACUGUGAAGACUGAAAUAAAGACUACUUAAACUAAAUACGUCUUUUAAACAGAAAACAAAAUCGCAAACAUCUAAUGAGAAGAAAACCGUGGAAUGGUAAUUGCAGGAAAUGAGAAGUUAAUUCUGUACAGGAGUCUACUGUUGUGACUGUAUAUUAUAUAUUAGUUAAACACGUUUUAUAA